CCCAGCUAUUUGUCUUCACUGACGGAGAAGUGUCUAACACCAAAGAAGUGAUCGAUCUGGUGAAGAAGAAUUCAGGUUCCCACAGGUGUUUCUCUUUUGGGAUCGGGGAAGGGGCCAGCUCUGCUCUUAUCAAUGGGUUAGCCAAGGAAGGAGGAGGUCACGCUCAGUUCAUCACAGGGGCUGAUAGGAUACAACCUAAAGUGAUGCAGUCGCUGAGAUUUGCUCUGCAGCCAGCUGUGGUGGACAUCUCAGUCACAUGGGAUUUACCAACAGGAGUGUCUGUGACCCUUUCCAGGGUCAAAGGUCACUGAUUUAUGCCCAGCUCACCGGACAGAGUUCAGAGGCAGCAGAAGGCUGUGUGACGGUGAAGUACAGCCUGGCAGGUCAUCUCUCUCAGAACCAGCUUCACUUCUCUCUCAAACCUCCAGAGGACAAUGGUUAUUUUCCUGGGUCAGAGGUCACUGAUUUACUGAACAGGUAAGAGCAGCAUCAUCUCUUCUCACUGUAAUUCCUAUUUAACAUCUGAGAUUGAAUUUGUUAAAGUGAACAAAUUCCUUGACUGAAUUCCUUUUCAAUCAGGUAUGUAACUUUGGCUACUAGGGGUCUCUUAUAUACAGAAUAAAAAGACCCUGGGGUGCAUUCAGAAAGUACAUAUAAUCUUCUAUCUAUCCCAACCACUUUUCCUUGACCCUGAUGGAAUACAUCAUGAGUUCAGGGAUAGAUGUAAAGGAGAAGCCGUAUGGAGUUAGGAGAAGAGAACCAUGGUGCAGAGAAAAUCCAUCUCUACUUCCACUCUGCGUUUAUAACAGAAGAGCUCAGAGGCAGCAGAGUGCUGUGUGACGUUGAAGUACAGCCUCGCAGGAAAUGACUCUGAGUACCAGCUCCUCUUCACUCUCACACCUGCAGAGGUCACCGGAUUAACAGUCCACAGGUUGGGUGCUCGGACUGUGACUCGGUCCCUGGAGAUGGAGGAGGAAAAUGGUGAGGAACAAGAGAAGGUGGUUGACCUCAGUGUCCAAUCAGGAGUGAGCAGUUCAUACACUGCCUUCAUUGUUGUCAACGAAGACAAUGGCGAGCCGAUUAGAGGACCUCUGUUGUGCAGACCUAUCCCAACAACUGAUGUCUAUCUCAAAGGUGGUGUGCUGGAUUUCUCUGGGGAUGAUUCAUGGAGCAGCAUAGGAAAGUCUGUGAAGAAGAAAGUCAAAUCUGAAACCUUUCCAUGCAGUGAUGCUAGCAUUGAGCCGAAGGAGCCACCCAGAGACCCUUUGCUGCAGCUGGUCUCCCUGCAGAAGGCGUCUGGCUGCUGGCUGCUUGAUCCGGCUCUGGCUGCUGCUGUGGGAAAGACCAUCGAGGAGGUGGAGAACACAAAGCCUCCAUCGGUGAACCAGGAAGUGUGGGCCACCAUUCUGGCUCUGCUCUGGCUUCAUGGUUUCAAGCUGCAUGCCAAGCAAAAGUGGGAGCUUCUGGCUAUGAAGGCUGUGUCUGGCUCCGUGCUCAGAAUGCACCAUGUGAAGCUGAGUGUGUGGAAGCUGGAAACACACUGUUGGGUUUUGUGGUAGAGAAAGACGUCUUGGGGCUCUGAGGUUAAAAUUGAACUGGCUUUUCUUCACUUUGCACUGUAGAAGGACUGAUAUAUGCCUUAUUAUUCUUGCUGUAUUUGCACUGCUCUUCAUCUGCUGCAACACAGUCAUAUUAAAUUUACAUUUUAUAUGAAAA